AUGUCACUUUCUAUAAAUAAUACACAACUUGAUAAACAAACAAAUGUUCCAAUCAAUACAAUAAUAUCAUCGGCAUCAAGUCUACAUACAGGUGCACAUGUUGCACCUGUAUAUCUAAAUUUAUAUGAUUUAGGUGGAUGUAUAAAUACAUGUGUACAUUCAUUAGGUUUAUUGUUUUAUCAUUGUGCUGUACAAACACAUUCAGCUGAAUAUGGAUAUAUGGGACAUCCAUACCGAUUUACUGGUCUUUAUAAAACAUCAAAACAUGAUUCACGUUUUCAUUUAUAUCAUUUACGUAAUUCAAUUGAAAUUGGAUGGACAUGGUUUAGUGAAAAAGAAAUUGAUAAAAUUCUUCAUGAUCUUAAAUCAUUUUAUAUUGGUUGUGAUUAUCAUACAAUAAAUAAGAAUUCAAUACAUUUUGCUAAAUAUCUUCUUGAACAACUUUCGAAUGAUUCUCAACUGAAACAUCUUGAACCAAUUAAAAUUCUUGCAUUUCCAUCUUAUAUUGAUCGAGGUCGUCGUUUAACUCAGACUUUCGAAUUUUUACAAAUGUUUGAUACAGAAAAAGAUAUUGCUGAAAUAAAUAUUCUCUAUUUUCUUUAUAUGAAAUAUGAAGGUAAUAUGAAACAAAUUUGUCAAAUUCUUAAAUGUGAUACACUUAAUAAAUUACAUCGAUGUAUAAAAUUAAUUGAACAUGGUAUUCAACAAAGAAAACUUCCGAUAUUUGUCGGUUUUACAACAUUCGAAAUGAAAACAGCAUAUGAAUAUUUAUAUAUUAUUGAUCAAAAUAAUUUAGAAAUGUCAUCAGGUCACGAACAAAUAACUUUAACGGAUAUAUUUCAUCAAUUUGAUACAAUUACAUUACGUGGUCGAACAAGUAUCGAUCGAUAUCUUAACAUACAACCAACAAAAGAAAUGAUUCAACAAUCACAAAAUGAAAAUGAACAACAAAAAUACAAUGGAGAUCAUAUGAUUUUUUCUAAUGUUCAUCGAUCAUCUCUUCCACAGGAUAUAUCACAUAAUCAAGAUCAAACACCUUUGACAUCACGUUCGAUAUCGUACACUUCAGGAUUAGCAAUAAGAUCAACAGAACAAACAAUACCAAUCUUAACUAAUCCAUUUCUUAACUUUGAAUAUUUACAUAUGCGUACGGCGAUUCCUAUUGGAACUGUACUUCGUUUACAAGAAACACCAAAUCCAGAUAUUCCAUUAACUGAACUUCGUUUAAAUACGAAUGAUGAUCAUAAUUCAUUGUCAUCGAUUCAUAAUCGACAACGAAAAUAUUCUUUUACAUCACGUAAAAGAAAAUUACCACGUGAUCUUGAACUUACUAAUGAUUUAUAUACAAUUACCAAUCAAAAUUCAUUUCGUUAUAAUCAUACAAAUAAUGCAACAUCAAUAAUAUCUUCAUUUUCUCAAUGCUCACAACCAAUUCUCGAUACUUAUUCUUUUGAUAAAUUAAAAACAACUGAAGAUAUCGAUUCAAGUGUUUAA